AUGUCGGAAUCCUUAAGCUAUUGUCUGGAUCAAAUUAAAGAAUCCGCAGAUUCUAUAGCGACGCUCUACUUUAAACCACCUGGAAUAUUUCAAAAUGCGCUCGUUCACAACUCUAAGACUUCGUAUGCAGAAAUAAUCACACGGUUAAUCCGGGAUGCGGAUCCAGUGGAUGAGAUGUCGCUGUAUAUGACGGAUAAGGGCGGUAAACUACGGCGCAAAGACGGCAAACAGGGAGUUUAUGACCACUUGACAGAGCGAGCUGCCACGCUAAAACGCGCUCGGCUGCUUGGAGCGCCUGAGGAGACGCCCAUCGUGCAUGUACCGAAGGAAUUCUACCUCAAGCAGCACGAUAUAAUCACAAAGAAGAAACAGCGGCAAAACCGCGACUUCUUAUUUGAUGAGUUUUCUAAGGAGUCCGGGGGAAUGUUUGAGGUUCUGAUCAAGAAAUUUGCCGGCGAUCAGCAGGUCCGCAACCUCCUUCUGGCGUUACAGAACGGCAGUGUGAUUACUGGGGAAGACGCGUCCUCGCGCCGUAAAACGAUGUUCGUGGAGGACUUCUCCGUCGAGCUUAUUCUGCGGCUGUUGCGGGAAAUCGUCACCCAGUGGCCCUUAAACGAACACCGCACGAAGUACGAACAUCUGCUACAGACAUACCAUGAUAUAAGUGAUGCCACGAACAAACUCCGAGCUCAGAUUGCCGACCAGGAACACCGCCUGCAAUCCCAGGACGCGCUGUCAGAAGAACCUGAUGCAGAUGAUGAUGACGUAGCACACCCCACAUCUGGCGUCUCAUACCUAAUACAGCAGGAACUUGACGAAAUUGACGCGUUGGAGAGAGAGCUGGAGCAGCUCCGUAGGGAUAGCAGAACUUGA